GCAUCAUCGCUUCACCGAUUCUGCUUCAGUGUAUUUUAUCGAGAGAAAACACACUGAAAUUGUGAUGGUAUAAGAGCUUAAAGACUUCACCAACUCAGCAGUUCUGAUUACACCGCGAUAGAAGUCAGAUCUGCUCAGUAAAAAAUGUCUCCACUCAAAUUAUACCACUACAGCCUAAGUCCACCAUCUCAAUUAGCCCUUAUGACCAUCAGACACCUGAAGUUGGAGGUGGAAAUUAUCACAGUGGAUUUGCUGAAGCAAGAUCAAUUAUCACCAGAGUUUAUAAAAGUCAAUCCGCAACACACAGUGCCAACGAUUGAUGACAAUGGAUUUAUUCUGUGGGAAUCUCGCGCCAUCGCCACGUAUUUGGUCUCUUCCAAAGCUCCAGGAAGUUCUCUUUACCCAACAGACGUGAAGAAGAGAGCCGUUGUGGACGCUCGACUACACUUGGAUCAUGAAUUAUACAUUGCUCUACGAGAAGUUGUGUUCCCCAUUUACGCCUUGGGAAGCACGGAAAUUCCCCAGGAUAAGAAAGAUAAAGUGUACAAAAUUCUAGGGAAUCUCAAUACUUUCCUUGAAGGACAAAAGUACGCGGCUGGGAGUGAAUUAACAAUCGCUGAUUUAGCUCUUCUUGCCACAAUUACAUCUCUUCAAGAAAUCGGUGCGAAUAUCUGCAAAUUCAGUAACGUUUCUGCCUGGCUGAAAAGCCUGGAUUCAAUUCCCGGUGCCCAAGAGAAUCUGGAAGGCGCCCAAUUGUUUGGAAACUUCAUCAAAUCUAAGAUUAAUCAAACAGACACCUGGGAGUCUUCACACUAUUGUUGUGCGGUUCAGAGCGUGAAAAUGGCCACAUUAAAGUAUUAUUACUACCCAGAAGGCGCUCCAAAUCGUGCUGCCCUUCUAACAAUUCGCAAUCUGAAUCUGGACGCUGAAGUCAUUUUCGUUGAUUUACGCAAAAAGGAGCAUUUGACAGAGAAAUUUGUGAAAAUGAAUCCUCAGCGAUGCAUGCCAUUGCUGGACGAUAAUGGGUUUCUGUUGUGUGAGUCUCGCGCAAUCUCUCAAUACUUGGUGACCACCAGAGCUCCGGGGAGUUCACUGUAUCCGACGGAUCCCAAGAAGAGAGCACUUGUGGAUGCUAGACUGUAUCUGGACACAACUCUUCAUGCGGUUUCACGAUCGUUCUUCUUUCCGAUCCAUUCGAUGGGAGAGACGAAGAUUCCUGAAUUGCCGAAACAGAGACUCUAUCAAUUGCUUGGCUAUCUCAAUGAUAUGAUGGAAGAUAAGCUCUUUGUCGCAGGAGAUGAACUCACAAUCGCGGAUUUUUCGAUUUUGGCAUCUUUCUCCACAUAUUACCAUUGUGGAGCCAAUGUGAAGAAUCUGAAGAACCUCAUUGCUUGGUAUAAGAGAUGCGAGAGCUUGCCUGGAUUCCAAGAGAAUGAAGAUGCGGCCAAGGAUUUCGGGGACAUGUUUAAAUCCAAGCUCAACAUUAAGGAGUCUUGGGAAGAGUUGGAAAAGUGA